AUGGCAUCCGACGGCUUCACUGACGCGAAUGCUUGGGGGGAGGAUGGUGGAAAUGGAGCUGCGGAGAAUCUUGAGCAGUAUAGCCAUGAACAACAAACACAAGAACCUAGUACUUCUGCUGUUUCCCAAUUUGCUCCUGGUGAAUCUCCUGAAGACGAUGCCGAUUCGGGUGAAUAUGACCCAGAAUCCGUUAUCAUAAGCACUACAGCUACACCAGUUUCUGCUUCCGCAGCCGUUCCUCCGCCGACUGUUUCCACAUCCUCGCCGCGUCCAGCUAAGAAGCCGAAGAAGGCUGGUGGAUUCAUAGUUGGAUCCUCGGAUGAUGAGGAUGAUACCCCCGCUCCUCCUCAGCUGUCAGUCACGCUGCAGCCGCAGGCUGUAAAUGAUGCCACUGAUGCUCCCGCGCAAUCCUUUACGCACCCGCCCCAGCAACAGACCAUUGCACCCCAUGAGGCUGAGCCUCCGACUCAAGUGAGUAACGGACAGGCAAGUAAACAACAGAUGCCUGCAGACAUUAUCAGCAUCUUGGAGGAACGCGUCAAGAAGGACCCCCGAGGCGACAUGGACGCCUGGUUGGCACUGAUUCAAGAGACACGAAGGCAAAACGUAGUGCAGAACUCUCGAUCAGUUUAUGAAAGAUUCUUGCAGACAUUCCCGCAAUCGGCUGAGAUUUGGGUUCAGUACCUGGAGAUGGAGCUGAGUCUUGACAAUUUCGCCGAGGCAGAGAACAUCUUUCAACGCACGCUUACCACCAUUGUCGAUGUGCAGCUUUGGACAGCAUAUCUCGACUACGUGCGCCGCCGCAAUGACCUCAAUGACACCACUGGAGUAGCGCGCCAGACUGUGAAUGCAGCUUACGACUUUGUCCUCGACAAUGUUGGCCAAGAUCGCGAGUCUGGUAAAAUCUGGCAGGACUAUAUUCAGUUCCUUAAAAUUGGACCUGGCCAGGUCGGCGAAGGUGGCUGGCAAGAUAAGCAAAAGGUUGAUGGGCUGAGAAAGGCCUACCAGCGCGCUAUUUGCAUUCCAAUUUCCAACUUGAACGUGCUGUGGAAGGAAUACGACCAGUUCGAGCUAGGAAUCAACAAAGUCGCGGGCCGUAAAUUUCUUCAAGAGAGGUCGCCAUCAUACAUGUCAGCACGUAGCGCAAACACUCAGCUGGAUACCAUUACACGAGGAUUGCGCCGAUCCACCAUUCCGCGUCUGCCACCCGCUCCUGGCUUCGAAGGCGACAUCGAGUUUGGCGAACAGGUCGAAAUCUGGAAGAAGUGGCUCUCAUGGGAGAAAAGUGACCCGCUGGUGCUGAGAGACGAUGAGCCCGAGGUGUUCAAGUCUCGCAUUAUAUAUGUCUACAAGCAAGCUUUGAUGGCCCUCCGCUUCUGGCCAGAGCUGUGGGUUGAAGCAGCAGAGUGGUGUUUUGAACACAAGAUCCAGACAAAGGAUGGCAAAGACCAAGGCCUCCAGUUUCUCACCGAGGGAGUCGCUGCGAACCCCGAAAGCUCACUUUUGGCCCUCAAACAUGCUGACCACAUUGAGUCAACCCACCCAGCUGGAGAGGGCGAUGCUGGGAAGCUCGCUUUAAGCCAAGCUGUGCGUGCCCCUUUCGAGCAAGCACUUGGUACUCUGUAUCCAAUGGUAAAGGACUUGAAGGAGAGAGAGGCGGCGGCUGUCAAGGCUAUCGAGAAUGAUUCGAGUCUCGGACCGAAUGAUGCUGACGAUGAUGAUGAGGGUGAGGUGUCGUCGGUCAAGUCUUUCAAGGAAGACAUCAGGAAGGAUAGGAUCAAGGCAGUCAAGGAUGGAUUUGCUGUUCAAAUUCAGAUGCUGAGACAACAAAUUUCCUAUCUUUGGAUUGCACUGGCCCGCGCUUUCCGCCGCAUUCAAGGCCAAGGCAAAGCGGUCUCUCGAGAUGCACCCACUACUGGUGUCCGGCAAAUCUUUACCGAGGCCCGUCAACGGGGCCAGCUCACGAGCGACGUCUAUGUGGCAAUUGCACACAUCGAGUGGGACAUCUAUCAAGACCCGGUAGCUACCAAGAUCUUUGAACGUGGCGCGAAACUGUUCCCCGAGGAUGAGAACUUUAUUGUUGCUUACUUGAAGCAUCUGCACUCUCGCCACGACACUACCAAUGCUCGUGUUGUCUUUUCCCAGACUGUCAAAAAGUUCAAAGAAAAGCCCGAGCUCAGCCGCAAGCUCAAGCCUCUCUAUGCCUAUUUCCACAGUUACGAAGCCAAGUUUGGCGAGUUGGCUCAAAUCAAAGAUUUAGAGAGACAGAUGGCGGAGUCUUUUCCUGAAGAUCCCAGUCUGACCCAUUUUGCUGCACGCUUUUCCUCCGAGGGCUUCAAUCCAAUUGCUGCACGAGUGAUUAUCUCGCCUUCGGCCCAGAUGCGGCCCAAGCACAUCAUGCAAUCUGUAGAGCAUGUGCCAGCCUCGAUACGUGGAAGCCCACACCCUUCUGCUCUUGCAGACCGAAGCCCAAGACCGCAAUUCCUGCAAACAGUCAACUCACCCAAACGCCCUUUCCAGGCUGACGAUAAUGAUGACCUGAACCCUCCGCGAAAGGUCGCUCGAGGGGUCUCGCCCUUGAAGGGCGCGGCAGGACGGCGACUGGAUCAGCAGCGUAGAGCAGCUCAAGGCCAGGGAGUUCCCGCUCAUAGCAAUCCUGUCUCUAUCUCUCGUGACAUUACUUUCCUCCUCGGACUUAUCCCUCCCACGCAUCAGUAUGCGGCUCCACGUUACAGGCCCGAUGGUAUUGUGCGGAUCCUUAGAGAGACAGGCGUUCCCGAUUUCAACGAUUGGAAAGCCACAAACCAGGGUGCCAGGCAUAAUCGCCAGGUAUCAACGGAAUUCCCGCCGUACGCAAUGCCGGCAGGUGGUCGGAACAGCCCAUUUCUUAGAGGAGGAGGAGCAGGCCCCCCUCCUCAAGGUGAACUGACUCCUGCUUUUGAUACCAGCGCAGCUAUGCUUGGUGGCCAGGGCGCGAACCCGCCAAACUUCUUCCCCGGCGGGUUUCCAUACAACAUGGGACAGCAGCCGGGUGUGCCUCAGUAUCCGCCAUUCAGGCAAGGUUGA